UUAUGCAAUGAUAAUAAUGAUGACGAAUAAAUGGAAUUGAUGGUAUAAAUAAUCGCGAAAUACUUUGCCAGACUUCAGUACUCUUCAAAAUGAAACACGCGCUGUUACUGUUUUUACUUAUCGGAAUUUCUCUUGAGGAUGACGUUGACCAAGGUUACUACGAGUUGAUGAAUAAUUUUAUUACCGGAGCGAGUGAAUUUCCGGCUCCUGAAAAAUUAGCGAGAGGCGUUUUUACUAAAGACUUAGUUCUUUAUUCGAGUUAUUAUAUGAGUGAAAUGUUACAAGAUUUUUUACUCGAGUAUUAUCAGCAGGCAUCAAGAGCAAAAAAUGGAAUGAUCAGAGACAUGAAAAAUUCAGUUGAAAGAUUGACAGAAUUAUUUAUACGUUCAACAAUUCCGCCUGAAGAUGAUAUGAAGAGAGUAAAUAAUUUAUUAGAAAAAUUACUAAAGUGCUUACCGGGUAAUGUCAAAAUAAAACGUAAAGCAUUGCCGCCGUUACCGCCGCCCAAUCAAGUGGAGACUCAUCUGGGAAAUGAAGAGCUGUCAAGUCUUUAUCUGGACCUCGCUGGACGCAUAGACAGAGAUUUAAAGAGUAUUCGUGAUCUUGUAGACGGAGUACUUUUGUCUGGAUGGGAGAAAGCUAGACUGUCUUUCAAUAAAGUUCAAGAUCAACUGAGGGAAGAUCAUUUAAAUCCAAUGCUUUGGUCAUUUUCCGCGGAAAUAAAUAAAAUAAAUGACAAAGAAGCGAUUAUUAAACAACACGUGACGAACGACACUUGGCAAGCUUAUAGAGAACUCAAUCAACGAGUUAACUCAGCUCUGCAAUCACUUUAAAUAUUUAUACAUGCAAUUUUUAUAUUAUAUGAACAUAGAUAUAUUUGUUAUUUUAAUAAUUAUAAUUAUUUUUUAU